AAAGAAAAAUUUUUAUCAAAAAAAAAAUUUAAUGAUAAAAAGAUAAAAUUUGUGACUAAAAAAAAUAUUUACUCUUCUCUUAUUUUUAUGAAAAAUAAAAAUUAAAGAUUAAAGUGAAAGAAAAAAAAUUAAAAAAAAAAUAAAUAAAAAUUAAAUUUAUGCAAAAAUAAGUGGAUUAAAUAAAAAUUUGAAUAUUCCGCGAAAAAAAUAUUCAGCGACAAAAAAGAUCAAAGCACGAGAAUUCCUGAAAAAUUAUUGGCCUUUUUUCGCAUAAAAAAGAUUCAAUUAAUAAAUAAAUCGAUUUAUCCGCCUCUAAAAUUGCUCCAACGAAGGAGUUUCGAUCAAAAUCAACGAAUAAAUGAAUAAAUAACUCAAUAACGCAACAACACAGACGAUCAACAUGAUUAUAAGGAGUAAUUUAGUCAUCACCUGUAGUAACAUCAUCGUAGUAUUUAUUCUCUUCCUUCUUCAGACAGAGGCAGCUCCCAACUCGACGGAAAUAUCAUCCAAUGAAAAGUCACGAUUGAAGCGCAUGUACGCAUUGUGCCCUCCAAAAUUCCAAAGGAUCGGAAAUGAAUGCUACUUUAUCUCGCAUUACAAGAAAAAUUGGUUAGAUGCGCAUUUCGAGUGCAAAGAUCGUCAUAGCAAGCUUGCUGAACCGCUAAAAUACGAAGAUCGGAGGAUUAGAAAAUAUUUGUUGGCGUUUGAUCGAGAUCAUGCUGACAAAUGGAUCGGAGCGACAUUCAAUUGGGAGAAAAAUCGUUGGCAAUGGGGAUACAGUGGUCGAAAUUUGCAAUAUCAGGCAUUUAGUCGCAUGAAUCCAAAUGCCCGUGAGCAACUCAAGUACCAUUGUGCCGUCUUCAGCGCCAAUUUGAAGUAUCGUUGGUCUCCUCGGGCAUGCACCGAUGAACAUUACUUCGUUUGUCAGCAUCGUAUGCCCCUUGUAAGCAGCAAAAAUCGUUAUCGUGUGUACCAAAAAUGGAAUCAAACGUAUCCGAAUGAGCUUGCAAACGAAAAUGAAGUCAUUGUUGCCAACAAAGUUCGCGGAGGUCAAUAUACGAAAUAUCGCAUUGCAAAUCCCGAUCCAGCUGAUCGUGAUUCAAAUCGCAUCCAUUUUAUUCGUCCCAAUAAGCCAUCACGGAAGCCUCAGAGGAACGAUAUCAACCCCGAUAACUUUGGAUAUGAUCAAAAAGCUGAUCGGCGAAGUCGUGAUUGGCAUUCAGCUUCGAAUUUGCCCACAACGCAAAAUAAACCCAUCGUUCGUUACAACUUGGAUCGCCCAAAUCCCUCGAAAAUGUCGACAACUUUCCGUGAAGUUGAUCCGCGUGAAGUUUUCCGCCCCGACAACUCCGUCGCCGGCAAUAUUGGGCAACGCGUUGGUCCAAUUCAGCAAAAAAUCGAACGAGGUCCCGAUGGAAAAGCUCGUUUAGUGACAGUUUUCAACCAUAGACGAUACGGAGGCUUGGCAGGCGAAACAGCAUCUCCUCAUUCCGAUGAACAAUCAGCUCGUACACGAAGAAGACGUCCCUCAACUCGAAGACCUGAGACGACAACAGAACGAAGAACAACAACGACGACGACAACAACAACAACUACAACGACAACGCCCUCAACCACGCAAGAAGUCACGACGAAACGACAAUUAACGGAAAAAGAAUUGAAGAAAAAGCAACUUAUGGAUCGUUUGUCGAAAUUGACGCCCGAACAACGACACGAAUUCUUCGAGAAACGUCGACGAAUGAAGGAACAAAAGCAGAAAAAUGACGUUUAAGACACAAAAUUCAAAAAAAUGAAAAAAAUCGAAUCAAAAACUAGACCCAGUCUAAAUAUAAUAAUUGUUAAGAUAUUUUUUUAUUUAUUUUCGUGAAACUCCUCUCACACAUUUCUGUUAAAAUUAGCAGCUUUUGUGACCCCAUCAUUCUGCUUGAAUUCACGCGUGAAAAAAAGUCAAAGAACAGCUUUUGUUCAAAAAUAUAAAGGAAAAAUCACGCUAAUGUGUCUAAAUUUAUAGAAAAGAGCUCUAAAAGGGGCAUAAAAGCCUUGACAUUACAAAGUAGAGAACGUAUUGUAUUUAACGAAGUCAGUCAAUGUUAGCCAUUGUGGAAAAAAAUAAAUCUAUUGAGAAAAAUAAAAUUAAAUAUUGAUUGAUUGUCACUUUA